AUGGCUCAACUGGCUGGCUGCUAUGCGCAUUUGAGAGGUCUUCCCGUUAAGUCGUACGCCGGUGCCUUGCCAUGUGCCCUCAUAGACGUCGACAACUGCAACAUCACCCGAGCGUUGAAGAGUGUGGAUGGGAAGUGUGACGAGCCAGUUGCUUCGAAAACCCGCCUGGGAUGGGUUGUCUACGGUCCUUGCUCGGUUGCGAGUGCCGCAACAGGGAUACUGAGAUUUGGGGGACGGUUGACAGCGUGCUCGGGCAUCAACGAAUCCUCCCGGAACCCGAUCAUUCUUCCCAGACAAGAUUAUGUGACCGAUCUAAUAAUUUGGGAGUAUCACGAGCGAUACAAGCACGCAAUUCACUAUACGGUCUUGAGCGAACUUAGGACGCAAUACCUCAUCUCUAAGCUACUGGGAGAGUAUCGACGUGUGAGGAAAAGCUGUCAGAGAUGCAGGGUGCACAACGCGAUGCCGGAACCACCGCUAAUGGGUAACCUACCGCAACAGCGUGUCGCAUUUGCUCAGCGUGCCUUUUCGUUCACAGGUAUCGAUUAUUUCGGCCCGUUCUUAGUGUCCGUCGGCCGCAGAGUCGAGAAACGGUGGGGAGUUUUACUUACCUGCCUCACGUCGAGAGCCAUCCAUGUCGAGAUAGCGGCAUCCCUCACCACAGCGUCAUGCAUACUGGCGAUUCGACGUUUCAUUGCACGACGCGGUAUGCCACUGGAGAUAUUCAGCGAUCGCGGUACAAACUUCGUCGGGGCCUCGCGAGAACUGAAGGAAGCGUUGGAGGAGGUUGACCACGACGCGUUGAUGACAGAAUUUUGUUGCCCGCGAAUGAAAUGGACGUUCAAUCCACCUGGCGCGCCUCACUUCGGCGGCUUCUGGGAGCGCAUGGUGCGCUCCGUGAAGAAGGUGUUGCACCAAUGUGUAUUCCCCAAACGCCCUACGGAUGAAGUACUCCUUUCAACCUUCACGGAAAUCGAGCUGGUCGUUAAUUCGAGACCACUUACCUACGUGCCAUUGGAAGAUGAAACGGCCGAGCCUUUAACGCCGAACCACCUGCUCCUCGGGAGCUCUGAUGGGAGCAAACCGCUAGCCGUUUACUGCGACAGUCCCGCAGCCUUGAGAUCAUCGAGGAGUGCAGCACAACAGGCAGCGGACUUAUUCUGGAAGAAAUGGGUUUCCGAAUACUUACCUACUCUUACUCAUCGGACCAAGUGGUUUGAACCGGUACGGCCAAUCGAGAUAGGGAAUUUGGUAGUUAUAGCGGAUAACAAUUUGCCUAUGAAUUGUUGGCCAAGAGGACGUAUUGUAUCGGUUGUCCCUGGCAAGGAUGGACAAGUCAGACAGGCGACAAUUGAAACCACAAGCGGAACGUACGUAACACCUGCACACAAAAUAGCAGUCUUGGACGUUACAGCCUUAUAG